CGUCCGACGGGCGAGCGGGCGGGUAAUGGCAGGCAGGCUCCUGGGCGUGGAGUCGUCCCUAUCACCCGGGCACCUGGGCUCGGGCUGCAGCCCAGGUGCAUCGGGCUAGAGGAAGGCUUGCAACCGGUGGAGGUCCCAGUCCUAAGGAGCGCCUCCUCCUGGAGGCACAAUGCCAGUCCUAGGACCCCUUUACGCCCUAAGGGUCUCCGCCGGGAACGCGCGCGCUACUUCCGGGGAACCCCUGGGGGAGGGGCCAGUGGGCCGAGGCCCCGUGAUUGACAGCUUCUCUCCCCAGACUCCCACGGGCUACCACGGGACCCCUCCUCUAACCCUGACCGCUGACCCGACACCAUGCACGGGCGCCUGAAGGUGAAGACAUCACAAGAGCAGGCAGAGGCCAAAAGGCUAGAGAGGGAGCAGAAGCUGAAGCUCUACCAGUCAGCCACCCAAGCUGUCUUCCAGAAGCGCCAGGCUGGUGAACUAGAUGAGUCAGUGCUGGAACUGACAAGCCAGAUUCUGGGAGCCAACCCUGAUUUUGCCACUCUCUGGAACUGUCGACGAGAGGUGUUUCAACGGCUGGAGACCCAGAAGUCCCCCGAGGAGUUGGCUGCUCUGGUGAAGACCGAACUCAGCUUCCUAGAGAGCUGCUUGCGUGUGAACCCUAAAUCCUAUGGUACCUGGCACCAUCGCUGUUGGCUGCUAAGCCGCCUGCCUGAGCCCAACUGGGCCCGGGAACUGGAGUUAUGUGCUUGCUUCCUUGAGGUGGAUGAGCGGAACUUUCACUGCUGGGACUAUCGGCGGUUUGUGGCUGCACAGGCAGCUGUGGCCCCUGCAGAAGAGCUCGCCUUCACUGACAGUCUCAUUACUCGAAACUUCUCCAACUAUUCCUCCUGGCAUUAUCGCUCCUGCCUCUUGCCCCAGCUGCACCCCCAGCCAGACUCUGGCCCCCAAGGGCGCCUCCCUGAAGAUGUGCUGCUCAAAGAGCUGGAGUUGGUACAGAAUGCCUUCUUCACUGACCCCAAUGAUCAGAGUGCUUGGUUCUAUCACCGUUGGCUCCUAGGUCGAGCUGACCCUCAGGAUGCUCUGCGCUGCGUGCACGUGAGCCGGGAUGAGGCCUGUCUGACUGUCUGCUUCUCUCGGCCUGUCCUAGUGGGCUCCAGACCGGAGACCUUGCUACUUAUGGUUGAUAAGUCACCUCUCACUGUGGAGUGGAGGACCCCAGAUGGCAGGAAUCGGCACAGCCCUGUCUGGCUCUGUGACCUGCCUACCACUUCCCUCAAUGACCAGUUGCCCCAGCAUACAUUUCAUGUCAUUUGGACAGCAGGCGAUUCCCAGAAGGAGUGUGUACUUUUCAAAGGCCGCCAGGAGUGCUGGUGCCGGGACUCAGCCACUGAUGAGCAGCUGUUCAGAUGUGAGCUGUCGGUGGAGAAGUCCACGGUGCUCCAGUCUGAGCUUGAAUCUUGUAAGGAGCUACAGGAGCUGGAGCCUGAGAACAAAUGGUGUCUGCUCACCAUCAUCUUGUUGAUGCGGGCACUGGACCCCCUCUUUUAUGAGAAGGAGACACUGCAGUACUUCCAGACCCUCAAGGCUGUGGAUCCAAUGCGGGCAGCCUACCUAGAUGACCUGCGCAGCAAAUUCUUGCUGGAGAACAGUGUGCUCAAAAUGGAGUAUGCUGAGGUACGCGUGCUACACCUGGCUCACAAGGAUCUGACAGUGCUCUGCCAUCUGGAACAGCUUCUCUUAGUCACCCAUCUUGACCUAUCACACAAUCGUCUCCGUACCUUGCCUCCUGCCCUGGCUGCUCUGCGAUGCCUCGAGGUGCUGCAGGCCAGUGAUAAUGCCAUAGAAUCUCUGGAUGGCGUUGCUAACCUGCCCAGGCUACAGGAACUGUUACUGUGCAACAACCGCCUCCAGCAGCCUGAAGCACUCCAGCCUCUUGCUUCUUGUCCCAAGCUGGGUCUCCUCAAUCUACAGGGAAACCCACUGUGCCAAGAAGGUGACAUCUUGGAGCAUAUGGCUGAACUGCUGCCUUCUGUUAGCAGCAUCCUCACCUAAGAAGUCCUGACUCCACUCUUGCCCUUUAACUUAUUGGGACUGAAUAAAAAAUGGAGACACUCCCUCA